AUGGAGGGACACAGGCCUACCAUAGCCAUGGUCAUGAUGCAGUUCACAAACGCAGCUGUGAAUCUCACCACAAGAGCAGCACUUACACAAGGGAUGAGACCAUGGGUCCUUGUUGUCUACAGGCAGGCCAUAGCUACCAUUUUCAUGGCACCCAUUGCUUAUUUUGCUGAGAGGAGAAAGCCAACUGCAGCAGCUUUAGGUAUAAAGAGCUUGUCUUUGAUGUUUAUUACUUCUCUAAUUGGGAUAACUGUUAACCAAAGCUGCUAUUUUAUGGGCAUGUCUCUCACAUCAUCAACGACUGCAAGUGCCAUGUCUAAUCUACUCCCAGCAGUUACUUUCGUCAUGGCAGCUUCUUUAGGAUUAGAGAAAGUCAAUAUAAGAAGUUUGGCGAGCGUAGCUAAGGUGAUCGGAACCAUUGUCUGCGUCAUGGGAGCAUUGUCCAUGGCAUUGAUCAAGGGCCCAAAGCUUCUCAACAUGGAAUUCCCAACAUCCAACUCUAUUUUCCAAUCAGAGGGUGAGAACUGGAUUUUGGGUUGUGCUCUUCUCUUUGGAAGCUGCUGUUGCUGGUCAGUAUGGCUGAUUUUACAGGUACCCAUGUCUGAGAGCUAUCCUGACCAUUUAUCUUUAUCGGCUUGGAUGUGUUUCUUUGCAAUGAUCCAAUCAGGGGCGGUUGCGAUCUUCUUAGAACCGGACCCAAUAGCUUGGGAGUUGAAUUCAAGCAUUAAAAUCUUGUGUUGUAUCUAUACAGGAAUUAUAGGAUCUGGGAUGUCAUUUUACGUGCAAUCAUGGUGCAUUUCAAAAGGAGGGCCCUUAUUCCCUGCAAUGUUCAGCCCAUUGUGUACAGUGAUUGUGACCAUUUCAGCUUCUAUUUUCCUCCAUGAAGAGCUUUACAUAGGAAGUUUGGUAGGUGCUAUUGCUGUUAUAGGUGGGCUGUAUGUCGUUCUUUGGGGUAAGGCCCAUGAUCUAGAUGCUAGGAGGGAGAUAAGCCCAAGUGAUGGUUCCGUACAGAUAAAAGUUUCUUCAGAUGAAUCAACGGACGGUUGCAAAAUCGAAAUCAAGGAGCCCCUAUUGGGUGAUAAAUUGCAAGCCAUUGAUCGAGAUGAGACUACCCACUGA